AUGAAUAUUCAGUCAAAAAGUUAAAUCCAGAGGGGGCUUGUUAUCUACAUAUGCUUCUUCAAAGGUGCUGAUGAGGAUCUUGUUCCAAAAAUUGCCAAUAUGCUAUUGAACAUUAAAUUAAGUGAAAACGAAAGCGGCGAGUACGUUUCUGUUCUUGAUUUACCAGGUGAUGUGCUAAUCAUACCACAGGCUACCUUAGGCGGUAAACCGAAGGGAAGAAAGAUGCAGUACCAUGCAAACAUUGAAAAAGAAAAAGGGCUGGAACUUUAUUCUCAGUUAGUGACUAUGUGUGAAAAAGAACUGGCUGCAAAUGCCAAAUGUGGAGAAGCAGGUGUUCUUGUCAAGCAUGGGACAUACGGAAACAGGCAGGUGUUAAAACUGGAUACAAAUGGACCUUACACUCAUCUUAUUGAAUUUUGAAAAAAUAAUUGAUGUC